AUGCGUGUGCCAGAGGAUGUACUUUCCCCCGAGGCUGAGCUCUGCAGUCAGAGCAUCUCCAUCAGGACCGGGGGCAGUGCUCCUGUUACCCUGGGCACCAGAUCGGAGCCCCCAAGGCAGAACCAUCCUUGGCCAGGGACUGUCCUCAGCAUCAUCGUCGUCUCACUCAGGCACUGUGCCCUGAACGUGGCAGCCACCCUGUGGGCCCUCGACUGUCCCUGUGAAAGGGGUGAUGGAGUAUGCCAUGGGAUGGAGAGAGAUGGAUGCUGCCCAGCUGGACACCCAGGGACCGGCGUCCAGAGCACAAGACACAAGCAUCCAGAUCCGCAUGUGCCCAGCAACCUGACCCAGGCUAAACCUGCUGGGAUGGGGGUUCAGGCUAAAGAGGGGAAGGCUGCUGCCGAGGGCCAGCACGGGGCCAACCUGGCCCCCGGGACGUGCUGGGGUGCUCUCCUGUCCCCGUGA